UGCUCUUGUUCACUUGUGCUCACAGCACCUGGUAACCCCACAUACAGUGAUCACACAACAAACAAUAUCUGUUGUUUGUGUAUAAAUAGCCCUAACAUGGCUUCCUAAUUCCUAUAAACAACAAGUGUGAGAAAACCCAAGAACGAAACACAUAGGAGAGAAAUGAGUUCUCUGGAUGCCACUACUCCUAGAUAUGACGAGUUUAAAAGGAUCUACCACCUUUUCCUUUUCCAUGCACACCCAUUCUGGCUCCAACUGCUGUACUUCCUCUUCAUCUCCCUCUUGGGUUUCUUGAUGCUGAAAGCUCUGCCGAUGAAGACCAGCAUGGUGCCGAGGCCCAUGGACUUGGACCUGAUCUUCACGUCGGUGUCGGCGACGACGGUGUCGAGCAUGGUCGCCGUCGAGAUGGAGUCCUUCUCCAACUCCCAGCUCCUCCUCAUCACCCUCCUCAUGCUGCUUGGUGGUGAGGUCUUCACCAGCAUCCUUGGCCUCUACUUCACCAACGCCAAGUACUCCUCCAAGAUGAUAGCAACCUUACCUGAUGAUGACGACCAUGGUGGCAGUGGCAAACCACCACCACCAACGACGUCACCUUCGUCUACCCUAGUGGAGCUCGAGCUCGCUCCUCCCAUGGACGUCGUCGUCGUCAACCCUACCACCACUGCGACGACGCACGACGAGGUAGAGCUAGGGUUAGGACGUCGGAACAAGCGCGGCUGCACCUGCACUACUACUCACACGUCGUCGUCAUCAUCGGCAUCGAAGACGACGACGACGAGGCUACUGAUGUUCGUGGUGAUGGGGUACCACGCGGUGGUGCACGUCGCCGGGUACACGGCCAUCGUCGUGUACCUCAGCGCCGUCGGCGGCGCGGGGGCGGUGGUCGCCGGGAAGGGGAUCAGCGCGCACACGUUCGCCAUCUUCACCGUCGUCUCGACGUUCGCCAACUGCGGGUUCGUGCCGACGAACGAAGGGAUGGUGUCGUUCAGGUCGUUCCCGGGGCUCCUCCUCCUCGUCAUGCCGCACGUCCUCCUCGGGAACACGCUCUUCCCGGUCUUCCUCAGGCUGGCCAUCGCCGCGCUCGAGAGGGUCACCGGGUGGCCGGAGCUCGGCGAGCUCCUGAUCCGGCGGCGGAGGGGCGGCGGCGAGGGCUACCACCACCUGUUGCCGAGCUCGCGCACGCGGUUCCUGGCCCUCACCGUGGCCGUGCUCGUGGUGGCGCAGCUGGCGCUCUUCUGCGCCAUGGAGUGGGGCUCCGACGGGCUGCGGGGGCUCACCGCGGGCCAGAAGCUCGUCGGCGCGCUCUUCAUGGCGGUCAACUCGAGGCACUCCGGUGAGAUGGUGCUCGACCUCUCCACCGUGUCGUCGGCCGUCGUCGUGCUCUACGUGGUGAUGAUGUACCUGCCACCUUACACCACUUUCGUACCUGUCCAAGACAAACACCAGCAAACGGGAGCACAGUCCGGGCAGGAGGGCAGCAGCAGCAGCAGCAUAUGGCAGAAGCUGCUCAUGUCGCCGCUCUCGUGCCUAGCCAUCUUCAUCGUCGUCAUCUGCAUCACGGAGCGGCGGCAAAUCGCCGACGACCCCAUCAACUACAGCGUCCUCAACAUCGUCGUCGAGGUUAUCAGUGCGUAUGGCAAUGUGGGGUUCAGCACGGGGUACAGCUGCGCGAGGCAGGUGAGGCCCGACGGCAGCUGCAGAGACCUGUGGGUUGGCUUCUCAGGGAAGUGGAGCAAACAAGGGAAGCUCACUCUCAUGGCCGUCAUGUUCUACGGCAGGCUCAAGAAGUUCAGCCUGCACGGUGGUCAGGCAUGGAAGAUAGAAUAACGCCUAACUGCAAGCACCCAUGCAUGCAUGACAACUUCGUUACUAAUUAAUGGGGCAUUUCAGCCGGCCGCCGUACUAGACUACAAGAGAUCGAUCGAUAGGUCUCCCCUCCUAAAACUCCUCCUUAAUCUGAUCUCCACGAGUUCUUGAUCAGGGUUACUUAUAUAUUAUAAAGGAAUGAUCAGAUAAAUAUAUGUCUAUAUCAGGAUCUGGUCGAUCUCUAGAUAUCUGUCUUUUUUUUUUUUGGGUAAUGCAUGUAAGCAAGUAGCAAUUGCUAGACAUAUAUAUGUGUUAGCUUACGAGAGUAUAUACUGGCGCUUGAGUCGUGAUGA